GUGUGACCCGCGGCCCGGCUGCGGGGGCCCCCCCGGGGAGGGGGGAGAGAGGCGCGGGGAUGUCGGUGCUGAGCUCGGUGCAGAUCAGAGAGGCCAACGCGCACCUGGCGGCCGUGCACCGCCGCGUGACGGAGCUGGAGCGGCGGCUGGAGGCGGCCGAGAGGACGGUGCGGGAGCAGGCCGAGAGGCUCAUCAGCAAAGACCGCGAGCUGCAGGCGGCCGUCAGGGAACUGGGCCUCCGCAAGGACAGAGAGAUCGCCGACCUGCAAACAAAACUCCACGACUCCGAGGGCAUUGCUCAGAAGCUGCAGAAUGUCAUUCAGGAGAAGGAUAGUGUCAUCGCCCAGCUCAGACACCGGAAUCAGCUGCUGGACAAAAUCACCCGGAGCCGUCCCCUCCUGGACAAUCUGCUGUCCUACAUGGCAGAGGCAGAACGCUUGCAAAGUGUCCACAUCCCCCACCUGGAUACCAUCUUACCUGAGGACAAUGAGCUGCCUCUCUUAUCCAGCACUAACGGCAGCAUGAACAUUAGCACGAACGACAGGAAUUUCUCAGUCAGCGAAGACGACACUGAAGAGCAAGACCAAGACGAUGCGAUCUUCGGAACCACGGUUUAAUCCAUCUCAGCUGCAGGGUGCCUUAGAGCAUCCCAUUCCCCCUCUCGUAAAAUCAGGGUUCAUAAGUGCCUGUCAUUUCUGGAGGGCAUGGAGUAGCAGGAAAGAGUGUGAUACUUCAAACUGUGAACCUCAAAAUUGGAUAGGUAGCAUUACGGGGGACAGAAGAACUUCCUGCUGUUUGUUGCUAGAACUUUUAUCGAUGUUUUAUUCCAAAGAUUCUGGGAUUUUUCACUUUUUUUAGACUGGGAUAUAAUGGGUUUAUUUUCCUGAAUGUAAAUUCUGCCUCAGAGAGCAGCGAUGUUGUUUUGUCUAUCUCUUUAUGCAAUAAUGAACAGUGGUGCUGUGUAGGGAAUCUCUGAAUUACAGGCUGGUUCAGCUCAGGGGAGUUUAGGUUUGGGAGGAUUCUGUUGCAUUUGACCUUCCCAGUGGAACACAAGGAACCACAGCCUUCGUGCUCUUUGCAUUCUGGUUUGUCCAAUUAGUAAUUGGAUAAUCCAUAUGUUGCUGCAGUUCACAAAAGGGAAUGAAGUCACGAGUGAGAUGGGACGUUCAUAAGCUGUUUGAUUUCAUCCAGGCACAUUCAGUGUUUGAAAGUGCAUUUGAAAGGAAUCCUGUGAUACACGCUUCCAUUAGUUACAGUGCAAAUUAUGGAGUGUGUACCAGCUUUUUAUUCUAUAUGGGUCAGCGUGCUCGUUUUUUUUUUACCUUUUGGUACUUAGGUUCGAAUCCAGCCAGACUGAGGGGGAAGAAGUCUCCAUGAUGGGAUACAGAGUGGUAUGUGUGUGAACUCAUUACCCUUUACCAAAGAAAUGUCCUUAUUUGUCAUAAUGUAAUUAAAUCCAUAUAGAUUGCCACAACACAGCUGCUGUGGAUUCAGGGCAGGCAUAGCUAACCACAUGGAUCUUAUAUUGUUCAUUGUGGCCAGUGUAGAGGGUAUUGGAUUAUUUUAUUAUAGUUGAUUUUAAUAAGCUGAAGUGACUAAUCAAGACAGAUAUACCAGUGACUGGGAAAUAUGACACUACUGCAGUACUACGUAUGAUUUAGCCAUGUCCAACUCUGUCACUGGCCCGAAGGUGGAGGGGAGUCCUGCUGUCAUCAUGCUGUGGGAUUCACUGCCCUACAGCCUUCUUGUGGAUUCAAUAACUGCUCUUACUUUCAUUCCUUAGUUAAUAAGACUACAGAAGUAUUGAGUUAAGUGCUGAAUAACUUUGCUUCUCUUUUUAAUGAUGAUAAAUGUAGGCAAUGAUAAUCAAGAAACUGUGAGCAAAUUGAGUUAUGUAUUGCACUCCAUUAGUUCAUUGUGAAACAAUGAGCAAGACCCCUGAUUUUAAACUCUUGUCACAACCCACAGUAACAUUCAGCAUCAUUACUUUAGUAUAUGUUGUAUAGCCAUUGGUUGUUUGAGUUUUGGGUCAUGUGCCAUACACCAUUCCUCUGGAGAGGUCAGUUGGGAAAUCUCUGUCACUAUAUAACUGGUCACCAGGAGAUGUGGGUAGUUUCCUGUCAGCACAGGUGCCCUGAGAGAGUAUUGCUCUUUUUUUCCCCCAUCGAAAAUGGGUUCAGCUGAGAAAAGGUGUUCAAAGUUUGUAGCUACCAUGUCUAUCGAACCUCCAAUGCUAUCUUAAAGAUAAUAAUAAUUAUUAUUAAUAUUAUCUUAAAGAUGGAGUUCUUGUUUACAUUCACGUCAGAGCUCUCAUGUGUGUACACUCGUGUUUGAUUCUCUCUUUAGUAUCAGUACCAUGUACAGCAAUCUGUGAUUUGCCCACAAAAAAACAGUCACUCCCCACUUUACAGUAAAAAACCUGUGAAGCUCUUUGAGACGUUCUCCCGGUGUGAAAGGCACUGGAUUAAAUGUAAGAAUUAUUAUCUUUCUCACACCGAGUUUCUGGGUGUUAAGUACAAUACAAAUUUCCAUUUCUAUAGCGUCUUUCACUUGGUGAGGAAGUCCCAAAGCUCUCAACACAGUGUGUCAGGUGUAUUUAAGGGUACAUCAAAUGCAAAGAUUGUUACUUAUUCCUGUUGAUUCUAAAUCUCGUGUUCUCUCUAAUUAGACUUUAAAGUCAUCACUUAGUAAAGAUGCCAUCCGAAGGUUAUUGUCCUCCCUCCAUUAUAAUUUAACCUUGCACUUUAACCUAUUAAAAUUGGGAAAUCAAGCGUUGUGGUGGACUGCAAUCUGGCUGGAUAUGCACUCUUUCUUUUGCAGGUACUCUAAAGCAUUUUGUUAAUGUAGCAGUCAUGGGAUUCUGCUUUUUUGCAUGGUAGGGCUUUGCACUGUGCGCAAUUGCACUAGUGAGUCCUGUUUCUGUUGCAAGGCGAGACUGGAAGAAAUGUGCGGCCCAAACUGGUAAAGAGGUAGAUCACAGUCACUGCUAGCAAUCCAUUCCUUUUAUUUUGUGAACGGAAAUAUGAGUAAAGUUGUAACUCGCUGGAACUCGGAAGAGAUCUGUCACAAUUUUAUUACAGUGGAACGGUAUUAAUAUAUUAGUACACAAUGACCGUGUUUUUCUUUUUGGCAAUUCACUGCAGAUUAUUAUCAGAUACUUUUGCAAGAACUACUGGAUAUUGCAGUUGCUAAUCUUUCACUGAGGCUGUCAUUGCAGGUCCACUACAGGGUGUGUCCCAGCCAUCAGUCGGUCAGGGUAUCUGCUGGUCAAACCAGCCCCUCCCCAAGCUGACUAAGCUCUCUUCUCUAUUGCUUGUCCUGGGACUUGUCACUUUACUAAUGGUAUGCUGUAAAAAUGGUGUACAUGAAAUAUCUUGCUCAUCGAUUCAGGUGAUUUAUUAUAAACUACUCAAGAUUUGCUUCGGUUUAUUAUAAUCGCCUGAAUCUUUCUGCUGGCUCACAGCCUGUAACCAAUUCUAGAUAUCCAUUUUAUGCUGUGUACUUGCACUUAGAUUCUAUUUAUUAUUCCCUCUGUAUUUUCCUCAAUGUAUAUCCUCUGUAUAAUCAAUCAUUCCUAAAUGUUCAUUAUUCUCGCUAUAAUCAUUCCUAGUCGUACAUUAUUCUCUCUAUAAUCUCUCUUGGAUGCCCAUUAUUCCCAGGUGUCAAUCUGUUGUGACAAAUGAAAGCUUAACAUUGUUUAGAUUAGAUUGCUUUUCCUGUCCUGACUUCUCCUUGGAGUUGAAAGAUGUUCUUCACGAAGCAUAGGAGUUAUAAGUUGCUGCCCAAACAAAUGGGUCCAGACAACAUCAUGCUUCGUUGAAGUGAAUCUCAAGCUGAGAGAGUUUUUUGAAGCUCCAGAUUGUGUUACAGAACUUUGACUUUCUCUGAGGCUCAAAGACAGAUGUGUAGAUAAUUUUUUUGUUUAAAUGUUAAAGUUACUGAAUUAACAUCCCAGUUACGCUGCUGUUAUCUUGAAUUAUGGUGUGUCGCAAGCAUCACAUGUGAGGAAGGUGGGUACAACUAACCUUCUUGAUAGAUACACCGAAGGAUUUCAGUGCGUUGCAGCAGGUAAAAUGUCCUGCAAGAUCCAUUGUAGUUUGCUGGGACAUUCACUGUUCAGGGUGUGAUCGUACAUUAAUAAUCAUGGAUUAUGUUAGGAAGCACAUUUGAGUGAUGGUUCAUGCUUGUUCAUGUUCCUUUAAAGUCCAAAAAAAGGAAACCUUGUUUUUAAAGGGAGUGAGGACUGACUUUCCAUGUAUAAAUGUUACUUAGUGUAUGUACCGCAACUCGCUCAGGGUUAAUGUCUCGGAUUUUUUCAACUUUUGAUCAUUGUAGAACAAAGCCGGUAAAACAGUGCCUUUAUAAAACUGUGCAAUAACAUCA